AUGACGGAUAGCACACAUGAUACCCACAAUCAACAAUUCCUAGAUCGUGGUCCCAAUGAAUCAUUUGAAGCUCUGAUCGAUCUGCUCGCAUCUGAUGAUAUUCUGGAAGACAUUCGCCUCAGCUCUCCCCAGUCAAAUCCUCGCGAUCUCAGAGACUCUGAUGGGAGACUUGACUUUGAGAAGAUCCGUUCUUUUUUCUCCACCAAGAAUCGUAAUCUCUCGACGGCUACAUCUCGUAAGAUCACAGAACCCGUGGUUGCACAGGAUCUCAAUCUGGUAGCAUCCACGCCAUUGGUAGGUCCUAGCAACCCUACAUUGGAAGUGCUCGAGGCUCCAUUGCUGUCCCGUCUCUCAGAUGUCGCGCUAUCCGGAAAGCCAUCCGUGAGCCUGUUUCCCUGUGCUGAUCUGCCCCCCACCGCUCAACCCGAUGUCCAUGGAGUCCUCCUCCCGAAGGCCGCAGAAUCAAACACCCAUCCCGUGAACUGUAAUCUCGACCCUGCUUGGUUAACGAAACCUCUGGAGUUUACACCCUUAAAUCAGGCUUUGUUGGCUGCAAGAGCGGAGACCGAUGAUCUACGAGCGCAAUAUGAGAAGCUACAGGCGCUCCUGUCAAAAGACCCUCCUCAAGCGCAUGAUAUGCAACCUCCCUAUGAAAGAAUAGAAGACACGUGUUGCUCUACGGAUAUCAUAUCUUCUCCGCCUACAGAGCCGCCUUUUGGUCCAGAAAUAGCGAGCCUUUCAGAGAACGAUGCCAAGCGAACUCUUGCGGUUCUAUUCAAGGAGCUUUCCAUUCCAUCGUCGUUUCUGUCUUCGUAUAGGAAUGUCGAAUCGCAGCUUGCCCCCGCUUUUUCGGAAGACGACGUGGCUGGCAAUAUCACACAUGCCAUGCAAUUCCUGACUCGUGUAGAUGAAAUCGUGUGGCACAGGUCUUCACACGCGUAUAGGCCUGGCAGCUGCCCACCAUCCGUUUUCAGUGAAGCUAAUGUUAACGCACUCCUUGAUCGAAUCGCACUUUGGGAAAGGGCCUUCCGUAGGGAACGCAGAGUUUGA